UCUCCCAAAAGAAGGAGAAAAAUAUAAUGCUCAGAUUCUUAUGCUUAAACAUUCGGCCCUUUUUCUGGCCACAGUCGGUUUUCAGUUGUACGGUAUCGUCGGCUUCAUUGUUCAAGGCUACUCAGAUGGCCUUCGCAACGAGUUAAUUGAACCUUUGCAAUUAAUAGUUACAGCCUUGCUUGAUGGAUUGCUCAUGAUGACCUUCUUUCCAUUUGGUGAGAGAUUCAGGAAACUACUACAAAAGAUGAAAAAUGUGUCCCAAGAAGUGCCAAUGAAUGUGUCUAAGGGUUAUAUCUUUCUGAAUAAAUUAACCUGGAUUGCAUUCUAUGCCAACUUCACCGUCAUCUGUUCUGUUGGUUUAAUGUCCUAUUUUUUCGAUGCUCAUUGUGAAGGCAGGAAACUAAAAGGUGACAAAAGAUACAUGUGUGGUCUAAUGAGCCCUGUUUGGUAUCCGUUCGAGAUAGAGGAUUCGAGCUCAUGGAAAGUUAUGUUUGCUCUCUACAUAAAUAUAGGUUCCGCAAUCAUAUUAUCCUUUUAUGGUGCAACUUUUGUUGGAUUUAUUGGUAUCGGAUAUAUUAUUACUCUCAGAAUACAGGAUCUUACAGAGCAAUUGAUGGAAUUCGACGAAAAAAAUAUUCAGAAUUUGGGGCAAAAUUUCGUCUUCCUAGUGAAGUACUUUUCUAAGAUACAAGAAUUCGUUAAAGACGUGAACCAAACCUUUGGAUAUUGUUGUAUUGUCGUAUAUGUACUCAUAACAAUAUGUACGGCAUUCCUGGGAUACAUUUGUAUAAUAGAUGGAAGUGUCAAAAAUUUUGCAUCUCUCUGUAUUUGUAUCAUCUUACAAUAUGCAUGGUGCAGUGUAGGACAACAUUUGGAAGACAAGGUAAAUAUUCAACAAAAUUCAAUCGAUCAUAUCGAAUAUCAUUAGUUUUUUAG